CCCCGCGAGGGGGCGUGGCCGCGGCGGGGCCUAGCUCGGCUCCUCGGAGGGAAGCGCGGCGGCCUCCAUGCAGCCUGAGCGGGGGAACAGGCCCCGGAGGGGGGGCGGGCGCCAGCAGCGGAGGCGGCAGGAGGAAGGCCUCGGACACGGAGAAAGAGGAGGAGGGAGCCGGGGAAGAGGCGGAGGCGGACGGGGACGAGGCAGCCGAGAGGCCCGAGGAAGGAGAGGAGCCUCCUCCGCCGCCUUUCCUUCCUCCUCCUCCUCCUCCUCUCCUCAGAGUAAUGAGUCGGCUUCUGCUGAUCUUGAAUUACAAGGAAAAGAAGACCCAGGUGGCUAUUCAUGCAGAAAGGUAGUUUCCAACUGGCAUCGUUAUGAAGAUACUGAGAAGGAAACACAAAAUGACAGUAGUGAAUCUCAGCGUGGGACAGACUACAGUGUUCUGCUUAGCUCAGCAGGGGAUUCAUUUACCCAGUUCAGGUUUGCUGAAGAAAAAGAAUGGAUUGUAGAAAACCUUUGCUCAAAGCAGCUGUCUGGGCUAUACGUUGACUGCCAGUCCUUGGUGAGGGCACUUGAAGAACUGCCUCUGCAUCUCAAGUUGAAUGUGGCUGCUGAGUUGGUGCAGGAGGCAACGCCUGUCGUACUCCCCCAGAUUAAGUUGAAAAGCAAUGAUGUUCCCAGGAGAAGUGGAGGCCCAUUGCAGCAAACUCUGGGGCAAAAUACAGGUCCAUCCGGCCCUUUUCCUGCUGCAGACUCUGCUACCCAAUUGGCAGGCCCACAUAAAGAUGGACCUGUAAUUAAUUCAGAGGGGCCCCCGAAAAACCCUUCCUCUCUAUGCCAAGAAAGAGAUAACUUGGAUGAAGACCUUGACCUCCUCUUGAAGUUAGAUGCUCCAGUUAUUCCUGAAAAUAAUAUGGGAUUAGAAAUAUUAUCGCAUGAUACAGUCUCUGGAGAAGAUUUGAAAAUGCCUCAUGAGGAAAAUAACUCCAGCCCCCUUCUUGAUGCUACUGGCUUUGCUAAUGAGAUCAGCAUUGGGCCAGGAUAUCUUGGCCCUUGGAGUAGGAGAAUCCAUACAGGCUGUUUACAACUGGAUGGAACUGAAGAAAUCUGCUCAGCAUCACAGCAGGAAGGUACAUCCAAAAGUAUUACUGAGGAGGAGCUUGAAGACUGGUUAGACAGCAUGAUUUCCUAAGGCCUGUAUUUUGGCUGUCGUGCAACGAACUGAAAAAUAAAUGAACAUGACAGUAGCUAGGUAUAGAAUAUCUGUUUGUAAAUCUUUAAUUAAGUAGCUGCUUCAUCUGGAGUUUUAAUUAUGUUGCCUGUCUUGGUUUGUACUGAAAUUUUGAGACAAUAAAUCUGGAUGUAUUCCAGAUGAGAUGAGUGUUAUCAGCAGUGAAUUGUAUGCAUCAGCAUGUUUAUAAAGGGAUUGGAAUUAUUUCAAAAAAUGCAAGUACUAUUAAAGAUGGCUUGGUUGCAAACCAGCACAGAAAGAGAGAAUAAUAAUUUCAUUUUAUGUUGAAUGAGACCGUAUUGCUCAGAGCAGCAAAUUAAAAUAAGGGUAUCAAA